AUGUGUGACGAAAAACAGGAGCAACGUAUCAAUUUCAAAUUUCUCGUUAAAUUGAAAAAAACUCCGACUGAGUGCUGUAAACUGUUACAAGAGGCCUAUGGAGGCAAUUCUCUAUCUCCUGCACGUGUUUUUGACUGGUAUAAACGCUUCAGUGAGGGCCGAGGAAGCACUGAAGAUGACCAGCGCCUAGGUCGUCCUGUCACUGUUUCAACUCCGGAAACAGUGACCAAAAUCAACCAAAUUGUGCGUGCAGAUCGUCAAAUGAGCAUCCGGAUGAUUGCCGAGGCUGUAAACGCUGAUAAAGAAACGGUUAGAAAAAUUUUACAUGAGGAAUUACAUAUGACAAAAGUCUGUGCGAAGUUGGUGCCAAAAAACCUGACUCCUGACCAAAAGUUCUUGCGUCAACNCAGACUGUCAACCAGAUUUACUAUUUAUCAGUUUUGGCAACACUGCGAGAAAGAGUUCGUAAGAAACGGCCCGAGUUGUGGAAGAACAACUCGUGGAUUUUGCACCAGGACAACGCACCUGCCCAUAACGCGCUAUCUGUGAAGCAAUAUUUGGCCGGUAAGCGCACUCCAGUGCUCGAACACGCGCCGUACUGGCCAGAUUUGGCACCGUGCGACUUUUUUUUGUUUCCAAAGAAAAAAUCUGCUUUGAAAGGGGCCCGAUUUGAGUCGAUGGAAGCGGUAAAGUAAAAAAUGGCAGGGCUCUUAAAGGCCCUCACCAAAGAAGACUUCCAGCACUGCUUCGAUCAAUGGAAAAAACGUAUGGAAAGGUGUUGCAAGAGGAGGGGAGUAUAUUGAAGAGGAACGUUUGAAUGUAGAAUAAUUUUUAUAAUAAAACACUUUUUCGUAACUAGUCUCGCUAUUUAAUAGUCACACCUCGUAUUACAGUCGCCAGAUCGGUUUUCCUUCAGCGGUGCGCAUCCGGUCUAGUUCAAAGUCGGUGA